CUCUUGUUUCCCUUCCUACAGAUUUUUUUUGUUGUGGGAGGCACAUAUACUAGAGCAACAUGAAGUACAACAUGCUUGUUUGCCUGCUGCUUGUGGGCAGCGUGUUCGCUCAAGACGAGGACAAGAAGGAAGAGGUGGGCACCGUGGUUGGCAUUGAUCUUGGAACCACAUACUCCUGUGUUGGCGUUUUCAAGAACGGUCGCGUGGAGAUCAUUGCCAACGACCAGGGCAACCGGAUUACUCCCUCCUAUGUGGCCUUCACUCCAGAAGGAGAGCGCCUCAUAGGUGAUGCAGCCAAGAACCAGCUGACUUCCAAUCCUGAGAACACUGUCUUUGAUGCCAAGCGUCUCAUUGGAAGAACUUGGAAUGAUCCUUCUGUGCAGCAGGAUGUCAAAUACCUGCCUUUCAAGGUCCUUGAAAAGAAAGCCAAGCCCCAUAUUCAGGUUGAUAUCGGAGGAGGGCAAAUGAAGACCUUUGCCCCAGAAGAAAUUUCUGCCAUGGUUUUGACCAAGAUGAAGGAGACAGCAGAGGCCUACUUGGGAAAGAAGGUUACUCAUGCUGUUGUGACUGUGCCAGCUUACUUCAAUGAUGCCCAGCGCCAAGCCACAAAAGAUGCUGGGACCAUCGCUGGAUUGAAUGUCAUGAGAAUCAUCAAUGAACCUACUGCUGCUGCUAUUGCAUAUGGGCUGGACAAAAGGGAAGGCGAGAAGAACAUCCUGGUCUUCGACUUGGGGGGCGGGACCUUUGACGUCUCCCUCCUCACCAUCGACAACGGUGUCUUUGAGGUGGUGGCCACCAAUGGUGAUACUCACCUCGGGGGCGAGGACUUUGACCAGCGUGUGAUGGAGCAUUUCAUCAAGCUGUACAAGAAGAAGGCCGGGAAGGAUGUGCGGAAGGACAACCGGGCUGUGCAGAAGCUGCGGCGUGAGGUGGAGAAGGCCAAGCGGGCCCUGUCCUCCCAGCACCAGUCCAGAAUUGAGAUUGAGUCCUUCUUUGAGGGGGAAGACUUCUCUGAGACCUUGACCAGGGCCAAGUUUGAAGAGCUGAACAUGGACCUCUUCCGUUCCACCAUGAAGCCUGUCCAGAAGGUCCUGGAAGAUGCGGACCUGAAGAAGACUGACAUUGAUGAGAUUGUGCUUGUGGGCGGCUCCACUCGGAUCCCCAAGAUCCAGCAGCUUGUGAAGGAGUUCUUCAAUGGCAAGGAGCCAUCGCGAGGCAUCAACCCUGACGAAGCCGUAGCGUACGGUGCUGCUGUCCAGGCUGGAGUGCUGUCUGGGGAUCAGGACACUGGUGAUCUGGUGCUGCUCGAUGUGUGUCCUCUGACCUUGGGCAUUGAGACAGUUGGUGGUGUGAUGACCAAGCUGAUCCCCAGGAACACUGUUGUCCCCACCAAGAAAUCCCAGAUCUUUUCCACGGCUUCCGAUAACCAGCCAACUGUCACUAUCAAAGUCUGUGAAGGAGAGCGUCCUCUCACCAAGGACAACCACCUCCUGGGCACCUUUGACCUGACGGGCAUCCCUCCAGCCCCCCGUGGCGUCCCCCAGAUCGAGGUCACUUUUGAGAUCGACGUCAACGGCAUCCUGCGAGUCACCGCCGAGGACAAGGGCACCGGCAACAAGAACAAGAUCACCAUCACCAACGACCAGAACCGCUUGACACCCGAGGAGAUUGAGCGGAUGGUCAACGACGCUGAGAAGUUUGCCGAGGAGGACAAGAAGCUGAAGGAGCGCAUCGACUCCCGGAACGAGCUGGAGAGCUACGCCUACUCCUUGAAGAACCAGAUUGGGGACAAGGAGAAGCUGGGAGGCAAGCUCUCGGCGGAGGACAAGGAGAUCAUGGAGAAGGCCGUGGAGGAGAAGAUCGAGUGGCUGGAGAGCCACCAGGAUGCCGACAUCGAAGACUUCAAGGCCCAGAAGAAAGCCCUGGAGGAGGUGGUGCAGCCCAUCGUGACCAAGUUGUACGGUGGAGCAGGCCCUCCUCCUGGUGAGGAAGAAGAAGCCGGUGCCGGAGAGAGGGAUGAGUUGUAGGCUGCCGUUGGGCCGAGCCUUGACACUGUAAAUACUGGACUUGGAACUUUUGUUUAAACUUAUUGAACUCGAGAUCAGGAAUGUGAUCGGAAUCUUCACUUGAGUGGAGUUGGCCAUUGCUAGCCCAAAGUGGCUGUUUACUGCUUUUCAUUAGCAGCUGGUAAAUGUCAGGAGGGAGGGAGGGGGGCACGGAGGGGGAAUCGUUGUUGUCAAAACCAUUUUAUUUAACAAUUCGGGUCGUGUGCGUUCUGUGGGGAAAUUUUCUACCCUCCAAGUGGCAACAAUAAAUUUGUUACUUACACUGGA